AUGUCUGGGCGGCUCAGGGAUGUGGUCAGCGAUUUUGAGAUGAUCUUGCGGCUACACUCGACUCCAGCCUAUGCUACAGCAUCAAAAUCACACACCGAUACAUCUCGAGUGGACAGCUCCACCACUAUCACUUUUGAUAUUGACGGCCCGCCUGACAUCACUCCGGUUACGGAUAACCCACAACAGCCCCAGGGCUUUAUAACGUCGCCUUCUAGAUUUGCAUCAUUAUACGAAUAUGUAAACCCUUUCUCUCAAGCCUCGUUGCAUUCUACACCCACGACUAUACCCAGUACCACACCACCUUUAUUUUCGCAAAUAGAGCCUAUGACAGAGCCGGUCCUGAGAAGCUCUGUAGACUCAGAUAGCGUAGACCCCUUUACCAAUCACCACUCUGGACAAAUGUACGACUUUACAGGUCGACUGUCGGAAGGAGCAUCAUGGGAUACUCUAUUCAUGGAUCUCCUUCACUCAAACUACUUGCCCUACAAUGCCUCUCUCUAA